GGAAUCUAAGAAUAUAGAUCGGGUUCGACAUUUUACUACUAGGCCUACCGCCUGACGAUUUGGCCUGAGCUGACCCUCUGGCUCUGUGAAAGCUAACAGCCUAAACAGGUGUCCAUGUGGUAAAGACACCUGAGGCAAGAUGGGGUCGGCCACUGAAGAAGUCAACCAGAAUAAAAACUCGGAGCCCAGCAGUGAUGACGAAAAAACUCCCUUUACUGAGAAGGAGGUCAAUGGGGAUGAUGUUCAGAUUGUGAAGAAUGGCAUCGAAAAUUGUCAGGACCACUCAACUUCUUCAAAAGAUAAAAAAGGGGGCAUAAUGACCAAGCUCAAAAACAAUGCCAUUUACAGAGAAAAGUAUCUGAUAUCACUUGGAAUAAUGUGGAGUUUCUUUGUUCUAGGUUGGACCAUUGGUCAGUUUGGUCCAUCUUUAUUGGACCUAAGGAUCAUCACAAAUGCAUCAUUGAAAAAAGCCUCUGGAUUCAUGACUGGUCAUUCGGUGGGGUACCUUGUGGGUUCCAUUAUAUCAGGAAUAAUUUUUGACAAAAUGAAAGGAGAGAAGACCUAUUGUGUGUCUAGUUUUAGUUUGGCUUUGACUGUUAUUGUUGCUUUCAUACCAUGGUGUUCUAUUUAUGAACUGAUGGUUGGAAUCCAUGUGUUCAAAGGAAUGGCAGGAGGAGGACUAGACACAACUGGUAAUGCACUUCUUAUAAGUCUAUGGCGAGCUGAUGGGAGAUCAUUCAUGCAGAGUAUCCAUUUUGCCUUUGCUAUUGGGGGAGCAAUUUCGCCUUUCGUUACUGCCCCAUUUCUGGCUCCAGAUGAAAACCCUCAAAACAACUCAGUACCUAGCAGUGACAUCAUAGGAAAUGCUAGUCUAACUACCACAACAGAUCUAAGCAAUGCAACACAGUGGGAUGUUCCUCGGACAGAAUCCAGAUUAUUUAUUCCUUUUUCAAUCGCGUCUUUUCUUGCAGUUACGGCAACCAUCCCAUUAUUUGUUAUGGCUUGCACAUCAAAAAGACCAACUGAAAAAAAGACAGAAAAGUCUGAAGACGAAGAGGUCGAUAAAGAAAGAAAUGUGGAGAAAUUAUCAACCGGAAUGAAGGUCCUAGUGUUAAUAAUUAUGAUGCUGUUAAUGGGCCUCUAUUGUGCCAUGGAAGACGGAUUUAAUAAUUUUCUUGCCACUUUUUGUGUCAGUGAGUUAAAAUGGACCAAAUACAUAGCUUCUGUUGUCACUGCCGUGUUUUGGGCAAGUUUCACAGCUGGAAGAUUUCUUGGCAUAUUCCUGGCUCGCAGUUUUAAGCCUGUGAGGAUGAUAUUCAUUCUUAGUGUUUUCCUACUCAUAGGAUUCUUGGGAUUUUUUCUGACUGCCCAGUUCAAGUUUUAUGAAGGAAUUUGGAUUUCUACAGGACUGAUAGGAUUUUCCAUGUCCAUCAUUUUCCCUUCUAUUUUCUCUUGGACGGAAGAUUCCAUUCUCCCUGUGACAGGGUUUAUCGCUUCACUGUUUCUCAUUGCAUCUUCUGCAGGGUCGAUGAUAAAUCCCAUAAUUCUAGGAUUUUUGAUGGAGAAUUCCACUCCAAUGUGGUUCACUUACAUCAUGUUAGGAGAAUCUGUAAUAAUGUUAAUGGUGUUUUUCUUGGUAUGGACCAUUGCUAAUAGGAUCAAACUUCCCAAGAACACAUUCAAGGAAGUGAAAAUUGAAAUUCGUUCAGAAGAUCCAGAUGAGUACAGGAGUAUUAUUGCUGAAAGUGAAAUAAAUGAAGACCGUCUCUGAAAAUUAAUUUUUUUUUCUGGGUUUCCAAAAACAGCAAAGUUUUAUUUUGAAUUCCAAAAUCAGCAAAGGAGUUAUGUCUCUGAUAGUGAAGUAAACAGAGACUAUCUUUGAAAAUGAAAUAUAUCAUUCUGGGAUUUUCAAAUUAAUGAGUGCAGGUCAGAGUAUUAUAAUUGCUGAAAGUGAAAUAGGCAAAGAUUGUGUCUGCUUUAAAUUAAAAUUCGUUCUGGAUUUCAAAACUG